AUGGCACAAAUCUCAGCACCAAAAGGCAAAGUAUGGAGGAAAAGGGCGCAAGGAUUAAAGAUAACAGCUAAAGGUUCCAAAAACCUAGCAGGGGGAAAGCGUUUGCAUUUACUAGUCGCAAUUGCAUACAAUGUGGGAGUGUUUUGUGUCGAGGAAUACACGAAGAUGAAUGCCGUAUAUUUCAGUGAGUUUGUUAGGAGAAAUUUCCCGGCUCUAUUUCAUGGACGAGAAGGCAGAAAGAUGUUUGUUAUGGAUAACGACCCUUCCCAAACUAGUGCAAUGGCUAUGAAAGCUAUCAAAUAUCAAGGUGCUCAGUUGUUCUGUAUACCUGCUCAAUCCCCCGACCUAAAUCCGAUUGAAAAUGUUUUUCACAUUGUUAAAACUUAA